AUGUCGGACCUUCGCCAACGCUCAAAUCCCGGUGCGGCCGCACCAUCGCCCAAGACAUCUGAAUCUCUUGGGAAGCAAAUAAAGCGAAAUCUCACUUGUUUACAGCGCGGACCCAUCCUCCUCACUCCCUCCGAACUCUCUCUCUACAAUGGCACCUCCCCAACCCUCCCGAUCUACAUCUCCAUCAACCACACCAUCUACGACGUUUCCGCUUCUCCAUACAUGUACGGCCCAGGAGGCGGAUAUUCCUUCUUCGCCGGGCGCGAUGCCACCCGCGCAUUCGUAACGGGUUGUUUCCAGGAUGAUCUCACGUCAGAUCUAACUGGCGUGGAAGAGAUGUUUAUGCCGAUCGAAGACGACGACGAGUCGGAGGCAGAGAAGCGGCUGAGUAAAGCGGAGAAGAAGCUGCGGAGAGAGCGGGAGAUGAGGGAGGCACGGAGGAAAGUGGAUGAGCAUGUGAAACACUGGGUGGACUUUUAUGAGAAGAGUGAUAAGUACUUUGCGGCGGGAAAGGUGGUGCGAGCGCACGGCGAAGAGAAGGGAGGUGCUGGGAAGAAGCGGGAGCUGUGUGAGGCCGCGAAAAAGGGACGGCCGAAGAGGUCGAAACUACGGGAGGAGAAGGAAAAGUCCGAGUAG